AUGGCCAAGUCAAAGAACAGCUCGCAGCACAACCGGAACGCAAAAGCCCACCGAAACGGGAUCAAAAAGCCAAAGACUCACAGAUACCCCUCCCUCAAGGGCACAGAUCCUAAGUUCCGACGGAACCACAGACAUGCUCUGCACGGCACUAUGAAGGCGCUGAAAGAGGUUAAAGAGGGAAAAAGAGAAUCUGCAUAA